AAAAAAAAAAGGAGAGGUUGAAAGAAAGAAAGGGAGAAGAAGAAAAGAGAAAUGAGCGAUGAAAAAAAAAAGCGAGGCUGCACCUAGAUAAGCCGGGAUGAGACAUAGGGCCUGCUAUGGUAGAAUUGAUACAUGCAUAUGAAUGAGUGAUUAUGAAUUGCUUAACCCUAACAUUAGCUGUUUUACAGAGAAGAGUUAAGGUAAAAGUGGUUCGUGUGUGGCCAUACUGGCAACGCAUCAUUAUUUCACAAGGUCAAAGGGCAGUAUCGGAAUGACGGAAGGGACUUCGCUACCGAUGAUCAACAUGGGGGAUGAAACGGAACGGGUGGCUCAACAAGAAUCUGCCAUCGCCGAGGAGAAUAGAAUUCUCAGGCAACAAAUGAUUGAGAUGUUGCAAGGAUGGUCGAAUGGUCAACAACCUCCUCAGUCAACCCCUGGGUUCCCCGACAUCACUUCCGUCGCACAGGAAUGCUCACAAGCACCGUUAUCUACUGCGGAAGACCCGGUAUACCCACCUGGGUUCGGUCAUUACACCAAUUUGCCAAAUACGGCGGAAACUUCUGUAGGUCGUCCUCCAAGGGUACCAAUCAGGACCGAUCAUUCCGGGAUUGCAACCACUGGGCCUGCCUACACAUACCCACUGUCUAACCCCAAUCAUGUUGCAAAUGUAAGACCCGUUUACACAAUACCGCCACCUGCGGUGAUGCAAAGGUCAAACCUUGUGCCACCAUCUGACAUCCGUCAAGAGCAGCAUUUUGCACCCGAUUUUGCAUUUGGGGCUCCUGAUCCUUAUCAUCAGACUCUACAUUUUAGUCCUCUAAUCGAUUCUGAAGGACCUGCUAAGAAUGCGGUUACGCAUCUUGGCCAUGAAUAUAGAGGUCCUGCUAAGAAUGCGGUUACGCAUCUUGGCGCUGAGUAUGGAGUUGCUACUAAGAAUGUAGAGCAUGACGAAAUGGUUAGGAAGAUGAAAAGUCUAGAACAAGCUAUGAAGAACUUGCAUGGAUCAGGAAGCUAUAAAAGCGUUUCAUACAGUGAUUUGUGUAUGUUCCCGAGUGUUCACUUACCUCCGGGGUUUAAGACACCGAAGUUUGACAAGUACGAUGGGCACGGUGAUCCCAUAGCUCAUUUGAGGAGAUACUGCAACCAACUGAGAGGAGCUGGGGGUAAUCAGGAAUUGCUCAUGGCUUACUUUGGGGAGAGUCUGACUGGUUUAGCUUCGGAAUGGUUUAUUGAUCAGGACAUUGUGAAAUGGCAUACUUGGGAUGAUAUGGCAAAUGAGUUCGUGCAACAAUUUCAGUACAAUAUUGAUCUGGUUCCUGAUAAAAAGUCUCUAACCAACCUGAAGAAGAAAGUUACCGAAAGUUUUAGGGAGUUUGCGGUUCGUUGGCGUGAACAAGCUGCAAGGGUAAAGCCACCAAUGAGAGAAGGAGAGAUGGUGGAGACUUUUCUCCAAGCACAAGAUGAGACAUAUUAUCAACACAUGAUCCCAGCCCUAGGAAAACCGUUCAUUGAGGCCAUUAAAAUGGGAGAAAUAAUAGAAGAAGGAAUCAAAACAGGACGCAUUGUCGGCUUUGCCGCGUUGAAGGCAACAACCCAAGCCAUUCAAAAUGGUUCAGGGAGUUUUGGUGGAAAGAAGAAAAAGGAAGACGUAGCUACGGUUGCGCCUGGGCUACGGCGAAACCCGAGGGGCCCGCCUCGCCAAUACACUCAACCCCAACCCCAACCCCAACCCCAAAACUACACCCAAGAUCCAUAUAAUUACCCACAACACUACUUCCCUCCCCAAAACCCACAAUAUUCUAUUCCGCCCCAUCAGUACCCCAUAUACAGUACGCAGCCAUAUGUCCAGCCCCCUUGUUACCCGCAAUGGCGUGCACCAACCCCGCAAGUCCGUCCUCCACCUCCACAGACUUACCAAGGCCCUCCCAGAUCCAAUUUUUGGCCCAGGCCGGAGUACAAAAGGGCAAAUACGGUCAAGGAUAACUUUACCCCCAUUGGGGAAUCAUAUGCUGAUUUGUUUCAGAAGUUGAGGGCAUUAAAUGUUUUAAGCCCAAUUGAAGGAAGGAUCCCAAACCCUCCUCCGAAAAAUCUUGAUUACUCUCAAAGAUGUGCUUAUUGCUCUGAUACCCCGGGACACAAUAUAGAGAAAUGUUGGUAUUUGAAGAAAGCAAUCCAAGAUUUGAUUGAUACACAACAAAUUGUGGUGCAAAAUGCAGAUAUACCGAAUAUCAAUCAAAACCCACUACCAAAUCAUAAAGAAACAAACAUGUUGGAGUUGAUCUAUGGUAGUGAUGGGUCUGAUGUUCCAUACAAGCCUAUCAUGAAGAUUGAAGCAGGCGUGGAGAAAUCAGUAAAUGUGGCAGAUUCCGCAAAAACAGCACCUUUGGGGUUAAAUGAGGUUACAAAGAGACCAAUCCAGUCAGACGCGAUGAAACCCUUAUUGAUUGUGAAGGGAGCUCCAGAGAAGGUUGGGGAAAGUCAGGGAAAACCAAAGUUGAUCGUGCCAGGGGUGUCGAGCAGGCCUAUUUUAACUGUCAAAGGGGCGUUCACCACUCCUAUCAUUAUUAAGCCAGUGACACAACUUUCAAUAGUUGAUGCUAAGGCGGUUCCCUGGAAUUAUAAUCAGACUAUGGUUACUUACCAAGGGAAGGAAAUCAUCAAAGAAGUAGACGAAGUAGGGGGCCUGACUCGUUCAGGAAGAUGCUUCGCUCCGGAAGAGUUAAGGAAAACCAAGCAGGUAAGGGAAGGCCAAAUACCCGUUAAGAAACCAGUAACAGAGGAAGAAGCUGAAGAGUUCUUGAAAAAGAUGAAAUUGCCAGACUAUUCCAUUGUGGAGCAAUUAAGGAAAACCCCUGCUCAAAUCUCUUUGUUGUCUUUAUUAAUACACUCAGAUGAACACCGCAAAGCUUUGUUGAAGAUUUUGAAUGAAGCUCAUGUCCCUACUGAGAUUACGGUUAAUCAAUUGGAGAAAAUUGCUGGGAGGAUCUUUGAGGUAAAUAAAAUCACUUUCUCAGAUGAUGAACUACCCGUUGAAGGUACUGGACAUAACCGAAGCCUUCAUAUUACUGUAAAAUGUGAGCUUUCCUAUGUCACGAGAGUUUUGAUUGAUGGGGGCUCUGGUGCAAACAUUUGUCCUCUGUCAACCUUACAAAAACUAAAUGUAAGUACUGAAAGAAUUCGACCAAAUAAUGUGUGUGUUAGAGCUUUUGAUGGAGCGAAAACUGACGCCAUCGGUGAGAUAGAUCUUGUGCUUACAAUAGGGCCUGGUGAUUUUACCAUAGAUUUUCAAGUAUUGAACAUCAAUGCCUCCUAUAACAUGUUGUUGGGAAGACCGUGGGUACAUAUGGCUGGGGCAAUCCCAUCCACAUUGCAUCAGAUGAUCAAGUUUGAAUAUGAUAGGCAGGAAGUGAUCGUUCACGGUGAAGGGGAUUUGUCCAUUUAUAAAGACUCCACUGUUCCCUUUAUCGAAGUGGAUAAUGCUGAUGAAACACUGGUGUAUCAAGCUUCUGAUAUAGUGGUAGCUGAGCAGAUCCCUGAAGGGAAACCCAUUCUGAGACCGCAGUUGCCUCCAACAUCUGUUAUGGUGGUAAAUGAAAUGUUGAAAUAUGGUUUUGAGCCAGGAAAAGGCUUGGGGGCUUCUCUACAAGGUAUGGUUUAUCCGGUGUGUCCACGUGAGAGUCCAGGUCCAUUUGGUCUGGGGUUCAAACCAACGGCUGAAGAUAGAAAGAGGGUUAAAAAGCGAAAAAAAGAAGCAUGGUCACUUACUAAGCCUGUGCCACCAAUCUACAAGUCCUUCGUCAAGAAUACCAGCAGUUUUUCCCAGCCAGUACUGGAUGUGGAUUUUGCGUUGAUUGGGUGUUUCCAGAACUUGUUUGUUGAAGCUGAUAUGGUUGAAAUGGGAGGGGGUCCCAGUAACGCGGAUGUGCAGUUCAUUGGCCAUGAUGUCCAACUCAGCAAUUGGGAAGUCACUCCUCUCCCAACCAGGAAGGAGUUUUGUUCUGUUUGUGCUGGUUCUAAUGAUAUGACAUGCAUGCGGAAUUCUCAGCCAGAUCUUAAAAUCCGACCUAACCAUGAAACAAUGAACCAAGAAGUUGAAUAUGAUGAAGAAGAAGUAUUUCAGGAAAUAAAAUUAAUCCAGGCUUUGUUUAAAUAUAAGGAUGUUUUUGCAUGGUCUUAUGAUGAUAUGCCGGGUUUAAGUACUAAAUUGGUGGUUCACAAAUUGCCAACUGACCCCACAUUCCCUCCUGUGAAGCAGAAAUUAAGGAAACUAAAAUCAGACAUGAGUGUGAAGGUUAAAGAAGAAAUCGAAAAACAACUUGAGUCCAAAGUCAUCCGAGUCGCUCGAUACCCUACUUGGUUAUCCAAUGUUGUCCCCGUUCCGAAGAAGGAUGGCAAAACGCGUGUGUGUGUGGAUUAUCGUGAUCUAAACAAAGCAAGCCCGAAGGAUGACUUUCCAUUGCCCAAUAUCCAUAUUUUGUUAGACAACUGUGCUAAGCAUGAGAUUGCGUCUUUUGUAGAUUGCUACGUAGGGUAUCACCAGAUCGUUAUGGAUGAUGAUGAUGCAGAGAAGACAUCCUUCAUCACAGAAUGGGGUACAUAUUGUUAUCGAGUCAUGCCGUUUGGGUUGAAGAAUGCUGGGGCAACAUAUAUGAGAGCGAUGACCACCAUAUUUCACGAUAUGAUGCAUAAAGAAAUUGAAGUAUAUGUGGAUGAUGUGAUCAUUAAAUCAAGAAAGCAGUCUGACCAUGUCAAGGAUUUGGUGAAAUUUUUCGAAAGGCUUCGCAGGUACAAUCUUAAGCUCAAUCCAGCGAAAUGUAUAUUUGGAGUUCCGUCAGGGAAACUUUUGGGGUUUGUAGUCAGUCGGCGUGGUAUUGAAUUGGAUCCUGCAAAGAUCAAAGCUAUUCAGGAGUUACCACCGCCAAAGAACAAAACCGAGGUAAUGAGCCUACUUGGGAGGUUGAAUUACAUUAGUCGAUUUAUUGCUCAACUCACAACAACUUGUGAGCCCAUUUUUAAGUUGUUAAAGAAGAAUGCUGCGAUUGAAUGGACUGACGAAUGCCAAGAAGCGUUUGACAAAAUCAAGAGGUAUCUGUCGAAUCCACCUGUAUUGGUUCCUUCCGAGCCUGGGAGACCUUUAAUAUUGUACCUAUCAGUCCUGGACAAUUCCUUUGGUUGCGUAUUGGGUCAACAUGAUGUUACAGGCAAGAAGGAACAUGCAAUCUAUUAUCUCAGCAAGAAGUUUACUACUUAUGAGGCUAAGUACACUCAUCUAGAAAGGACGUGUUGCGCUUUGACUUGGGUUGCACAAAAAUUGAAACAUUAUCUUUCGUCCUACACUACUUAUCUUAUCUCCCGCUUGGACCCUUUGAAGUAUAUAUUUCAGAAACCCAUGCCCACGGGCAGGCUUGCAAAAUGGCAGAUAUUACUCACGGAGUUUGAUAUUUCGUAUGUGACUCGGACCGCGAUGAAAGCCCAAGCCUUGGCAGACCAUCUGGCGGAGAACCCAGUGGAUGAAGAAUAUGAGCCAUUGAAAACGUACUUUCCUGAUGAAGAAGUGUCAUGCCUCGAGGAGGUCAUUCCGGAUAACGAUCCGGGUUGGAAGUUGUUUUUUGAUGGGGCUGCUAACAGGAAAGGAGUUGGGGUAGGGGCCGUUCUUAUCUCAGAAUCAGGACAACAUUACCCUGUAACAGCCCAGCUUCGAUUUUAUUGUACCAACAACAUGGCGGAGUAUGAAGCUUGCAUUUUGGGUUUAAGGUUAGCUAUCGACAUGGGGAUUCAAGAAUUAUUGGUAUUGGGGGAUUCAGACUUGCUAGUCCACCAAGUUCAAGGAGAGUGGGAAACCCGUGAUUUGAAGCUUAUACCAUAUCACCAGUGUUUGCAGGAUCUUUGCAGACGGUUCAUAACAGUAAAAUUUAAGCACAUUCCUAGGAUUCAUAAUGAGAUUGCUGAUGCUUUGGCCACCUUGUCUUCAAUGCUCCAGCACCCAGACAAGGCUCACAUUGACCCUUUACAUAUACAAACUCACAAUCAACAUGCUUAUUGCAAUACAGUUGAAGAGGAACUUGACGGUGAGCCUUGGUUCCAUGAUAUUAAAGAAUAUACCGAGUCGGCGAAAUAUCCAGCACAUGCUACCAGUGACCAGAAGAGAGCUAUUCGACGAUUGGCAAGCGGAUUUUUCUUAAGUGGAGGAAUUUUGUAUAAAAAGACUCCAGAUUUAGGACUUUUGAGGUGUGUAGAUGCUAAAGAGGCUACAACUAUCAUGACUGAGAUACAUUCAGGAGUUUGUGGACCGCACAUGAACGGGUAUGUUUUGGCAAAGAAAAUUCUUCGAGCAGGCUAUUACUGGCUCACCAUGGAGCGGGAUUCCAUCCGUUUCGUUCGUAGGUGUCAUCAGUGCCAGGUACAUGGCGACUUGAUACAUUCUCCUCCUUCAGAAUUGCACACCAUGUCUGCUCCAUGGCCUUUCGCAGCUUGGGGGAUGGAUGUGAUCGGACCAAUUGAGCCGAAAGCGUCCAAUGGGCAUAGGUUCAUUUUGGUGGCCAUCGAUUACUUUACAAAGUGGGUGGAAGCAGUAACUCUCAAGUCGGUGACUAAAAAAGCCGUGGUGGAUUUCGUUCAUUCCAACAUCAUUUGCAGGUUCGGGAUCCCGAGGACAAUGAUUACAGAUAAUGCGGCGAAUCUCAACAGUCAUCUGAUGCGUGAGGUAUGUCAGCAGUUUAAGAUUACACAUCGGAAUUCAACUCCAUAUCGUCCGAAGGCAAAUGGGGCUGUGGAAGCUGCUAAUAAGAACAUUAAAAAGAUACUGCGCAAAAUGGUGCAAGGUUCGAGACAAUGGCAUGAAAAGUUGCCUUUUGCUUUAUUGGGUUAUCGCACAACUGUUCGCACUUCAGUAGGUGCAACUCCUUAUUUGUUGGUAUACGGGACCGAAGCGGUUAUACCUGCAGAAGUUGAAAUCCCGUCCCUUCGAAUCACUGAGGAAGCCGGAAUUGAUGACGAUGAGUGGGUCAAAACCCGUUUAGAGCAAUUGAAUCUGAUUGACGAAAAGAGAUUAACAUCGGUAUGUCAUGGUCAACUAUAUCAAAGGAGGAUAGCACGAGCACACAACAAAAAGGUGCGCCCCAGACAUUUUGAAGUGGGUCAAUUAGUGUUAAAGCGGAUUCUUCCACAUCAGGCAGAGGCCAAAGGCAAGUUCGCCCCAAAUUGGCAGGGGCCAUUUGUGGUGAAGAAGGUUUUGCCCAAUGGUGCUUUGUAUCUGACAGACAUAGAAGGCACAAUGUCUGAAACUGCCAUCAAUGCAGAUGCAGUGAAAAGAUAUUAUGUAUGAUUUUCAUCUCCCUACCUUUGAUUUACUUGUUGGGUGCUUGAUAUUUUUAAGGGUUGAUAUGACGAAGGCAGUCUAUUCUGCUACCUAUACAUUAUGUCAUCCCUUGCUACCCCUUUUGAGCCAUAGUUUAUUUUUCUUUCGCAACCCUCGUUUGGAAUCAAGCUUUUCAUAAAUAUUAUUAUAAAAAAAAAAAAAAAAAACAGCAACAACAACAAAAUAAAAAAAUAAAAAUAAAAAUAAAAUAAAAUUCGGAACUACGUCUGACCUGAUUCUUGUCUAGACAAGAUACGUAGGCAACCCUAUUUUGGGGUUCGGUCCAACCAAAGAGAAUCCAAAAUUUCCCGUUUCGAAGAAACUGGGACAGAAGUUAUUAUUUUCUUUUGAGUCGAUUCCAAACGUUGUAAGUUUCAUCCCUUAUUACUUUUGUAUUGUCUUUGAGCCUCCAUGCCAUCCUUUAUUUCCAACCCUAUCCAAAAGCCACGUUACAACCAAAUAAAAGACCUUCAGAUCAAUCAUUAAGAAUGUCAAGGCUGAGCAAGCUAUGAGUAUAAGGCAUUUGCAUCAUUGGCAUCACUUGUGGCAUCACUUGUGGCAUCAGGGAGAUAGAAGAAAAAUGAAAAUGAGAGAGUCUUAUUGGUGAAAACCCUCACGGGCACCGUAAGACGAUUGUGAGUUGAGAGAAUUGAAAAUGAGAGUCUUAUUGGUGAAAACCCUCACGGGCACCAUAAGGCGAUGGUGAGAUGAAAAAAAUAUAUAAAAAAUGAGAGAGUCUUACUGGUGAAAACCCUCACGAGCACCAUAAAGCGAUGGGGAGUUGAGAGAAUUGAACAUGAGUGAGACUUGUUGGUCCACUAAUUGUAUGAAAGCCUUGAUUUUGACGCAGUUGUUGGGUGUAUACAUUCGGUUUCGAAGUCAAAGGGUUAGUAAGAGUUUAUGAAUAAUUAGGAUGGACAAAUCAGACUGAUUAAGCCAAAAUGCAUGUCAUAUCAUUGGAGCUGGCUACAACAUUCAGAUAAGUUUUCCCCAUUCUUUUCUUUCUCGAAGAGGACAUCCUUCUGUUAACCUCUUUUCAUCUUUAUCUUUUAUUUUGCUUUCGUCGUUUGGAUUUCAGGCUUUUUCUUCGAGUCAUUCUGUUGUGAGAUAAGUAAGAAAGGAUCACAAAACUUGCUACCAGUUUUCCCAAUUGCGAAGCAAAACAUCUUGGCUAGCACAUGAAGGUAACAUAAUUCAGUCGGCGUAAGAUACUCAACCAGCUGUCGACCAUUAAUAAGUUUUGGAUUCAGGGAAAUACAAGGUUCAAUAAAGUUUGAGUUAACGGACAUUAUGAAACAAGAGAUCUAUGGUCUGGUGUUGAAGUUACUUCUGAGACAUUUUGGAAACCAUGUUUGAGUCAGUAAUGCCGUGGGUCAACAGGAUGCGAUAACUGUCUAAAAGCAGAGCCAAACAAGAUGAGUGCAAAAAGCAGUUGCUUUCACAGACAAGCCAUAAACCAACCACAAAGUUUUGAAACUCACAAAUUUUUCUUUGUUUGAAACAGGGACAUAAAAUUUUAUUCGCUGCCUGCAGGUACAUUCUGAAAAAUGCAAGGCGCAAGUAUUACGAGGACAAAACUCAGGACCCUCCUGGAAAAUGGGAUUUAGGUUAGCAGGACCCUCAUGGAAAAUGGGAUUUAGGUUAUCAGGGCCCUCCUGGAAAAUGGAAUUUUGUUUAUCAGGACCCUCCUGGAGAAUGGGAUUUAGUUAUCAGGACCCUCCUGGAAAAUGGGAUUUAGUAAUUCAGGACCCUCCUGGAGAAUGGGAUUUAGUUAUCAGGACCCUCAUGGAAAAUGGGAUUUAGUAAUUCAGGACCCUCCUGGAGAAUGGGAUUUAGUUAUCAGGACCCUCCUGGAAAAUGGGAUUUAGUAAUUCAGGACCCUCCUGGAGAAUGGGAUUUAGUUAUCAGGACCCUCCUGGAAAAUGGGAUUUAGUUGUCAGGACCCUCCUGGAAAAUGGGAUUUAGUAACUCAGGACCCUCCUGGAGAAGGGGAUUUAGUUAUCAGGACCCUCCUGGAGAAUGGGAUUUAGUUAUCAAGACCCUCCUGGAAAAUGGGAUUUAGUUGUCAGGACCCUCCUGGAAAAUGGGAUUUAGUAACUCAGGACCCUCCUGAAGAAUGGGAUUUAGUUAUCAGGACUCUCCUGGAAAAUGGGAUUUAGUUGUCAGGACCCUCCUGGAAAAUGGGGGUUAGUUCAUCAAGACCCUCCUGGGAAAAGGGGGUAUAGUUAAGGGACGCACUUCCUAGUUAGUACAUUUGAUUUUACUUCCAUAAUUAAAUUAUUUUAUAGUUUAUAAUUUUGCUAACACUCACCAAACAAUUUCCUGGUAUGAACUGGGACAGGAAAUUUUGUUCGUGUUCGUUGUUUUUGGUAAUUUCCAGGACCCGCCUGAAGAAUGGGAAGCAAGUCAGGACCCGCCUGAAGAGUGGGAACAAGUCAGGACCCGCCUGAAGAAUGGGAAACAAGUCAGGACCCGCCUGAAGAAUGGGAUGAUCAGGAACCCGCCUGGAGAAUAGGGUCACCUUUCAAUUUCAAGUUCAGGAACCCGCCUGGAGAAUAGGGCCACCUUUCAAUUUCAAGUUCAGGAGCCCGCCUGAAUAAUAGGGUCAACAUUCAACUGCUUUUCAAUUUCAAGCUCAGGAGCCCGCCUGAAGAAUGGGGUGUACUUUGGGUUGCUUUCAAGUUCAAUCAGAAGUAGCAGGAGUCCCGCCUGGAGAAUAGGGAUGACUUUAAAUUUUAAAGUUUAGAAACAAGCAUGAAAGUUCAAGUCAAGAUUCAAGAGAGGCUGCAUAGAUAGGGUCUUGUACUUGUAUUUUCUUUUUAACUUUUAUCUUUCAUUUGAUGUAAUAAUAGGACCGCGGACCGGUGCCUCGACAGGACCUCGCUCGACUAUUCACCUCAAUAUGUUUCAUCUCCCUUCUUACUCUUGAACUACACGUGACCUGAUUCCCUUAUAACCCGGGAUAUGUAUGAUGCCCAAAACCAGGGCUCGGUUGCAUUAUCUUCUUUCUUUCCCUUCAUUUUAGAACAACGGUAGGGUUAAACUAGUCUCUUUGUCUACUUGUUUGUUUGAAAACUCUUCGUGUUCCCAAUCAAACAGGGACAGCUGUAGACACGUGAUUUUUGACCCUCCCCGUGUGUUUCACCUUAUAGUGUUUAAAUAUUUCUUUUAAUUUUAAUUCUUGACGUGUCGAUUUUAUUCUAUUUUUAUUUAGUAGGCUUAUUUGCGAAAAUCAAAAAGAACAAAAUAUUUGCUAUUUUUAGAGUAUAAGUUUUGUAUUUUAAAGAAAGAAAAUUACAAAAAUAUGCUUUGUAGGUUUUAAUUUUGCUUAGACAGUUAUUUAUUUUAAGAUUUUUUUUUCUUUCUUUUCAGUUAUCUAGAAUUAGUUAUUAAAUAUAUAUAUAUAUUUGUUUUUUUUUUGUUUUUUUUAUUUUUACAUUAAAAAAAAAAAAUGAUGAGCAAAUGGGAUUACACCACCUCAUCACAUAAUGACAAAGCUCCGUAACAAACCUUAUCACAAAAAUAAGAAAAAGGGGGUCACGUUUUUAGUGGAAACAUUUUUUCAUAAAAAGGGGAUAACAAAAAGGGGGCCCGCGGAUUUAGGGUUUGUUUUUGUGCACAAAGGAACACGUGAAUUGGGGGAUUAUUGUUAGGGGUGGGGACCACGAAGGGACCUAUAUCAUAUUCAAUCAAAAAAAAAAAAAAAACAGGAGGAGCAUCGUUAAAUAUAGAGAGCAGCUUUGUUUUUUUUUUUUUUUUUCGGGGGGGACUGCCUACUCUUUUGAUAGCAGUAGCCCACUAUACUUCUCUUCCAACACCUGAACUUUCAGCCGUCAUCCAACACCAUAUGAGCUCCACCAUUAGCUCAUCAUCUUCAUCUCCCUUAAACAUCCAAAGUUUAUGAAAAACAGAGUACCUUGAAUCCACUAUGAUUUCGGGUCUCGUAUCUCGUUUUUUGGGCUGAGUUAACGAGGUCGAGGUUGUUGUUUGAAGUCCUGCUUGGGGUUUCUGGCCGCUGGUUCCGCUCAAUGUCGCCGGUGAAAUAUUCGGGUCAAUAGCUUCAUCGAGUUCCUGUAACUUAAACAAAGAUUCAUCUAUACAAAGGUCCAUGUCUUCUUUUAUGCUAUGCUUUUAGAAUAUUUUGGUUUAAUUCAUGUCAAUCUUUAGGUGUUCUCAUUUCAGUUACAUGUCUGAUAUCAUUGCUAAGUUGCUAUAUUAAGUUUGUUUGUCAACAAUAUUAAUCCUGAGCUUUAGUUUUCCUAUCUCUUUAAGUGCAAAUCGAAAAAAAAAAAAAAGUAGUCUAGUUACAAGUAAAACAAGAUUACGUGCUCAUCAGAUGCAUUGUUAAUAUUUUAUGGAAAGUUCGUUAGCUUGGUUUAUGGAUUGGUUAAUGUUUUCUGUAUACGUAUAUCUUCGAUUGCUAAUGAAAUGAUAUAUGGGUUUUGUGGUCAAUAUUAAUUAAAGGUUUUAUUG